CAUGGCGGCCGAAGGUGGUAGCGAGUUACAGCUGAGAAGAAGAAGGCGCCGGGACCCGGAGGAACCUGAAAAAACGGAACUCGGCGAGGGAGAGCUGGUAGUGGCUGUGGCCGAAGAAGAAAAUGAAGAGCGCUGGGUUGGGCCCUUACCCGUAGAGGCAACGCUGGUCAAGAAGAGGAAAGUUCUAGAGUUUGAAAGAGUCUAUCUUGAUAAUCUCCCCAGUGCAUCCAUGUAUGAGCGCAGUUACAUGCAUAGAGAUGUUAUCACCCAUGUGGUGUGCACCAAGACAGACUUUAUUAUUACUGCCAGUCAUGAUGGACAUGUUAAAUUCUGGAAAAAAAUAGAAGAGGGGAUUGAAUUUGUUAAACAUUUUCGCAGUCACCUAGGAGUUAUUGAGAGUAUUGCAAUUAGCUCUGAGGGAGCAUUGUUCUGUUCCGUGGGUGAUGAUAAAGCAAUGAAGGUGUUUGAUGUAGUGAACUUUGACAUGAUCAAUAUGCUGAAGCUUGGCUAUUUUCCUGGACAGUGUGAGUGGAUCUAUUGCCCAGGGGAUGCCAUAUCUUCAGUUGCUGCUUCUGAGAAGAGUACAGGAAAAAUUUUCAUUUAUGACGGUCGAGGAGAUAACCAGCCACUACAUAUUUUUGACAAACUCCAUACAUCACCUCUUACUCAGAUACGGCUAAACCCAGUUUACAAAGCAAUAGUGUCUUCUGACAAAUCUGGAAUGAUUGAAUACUGGACCGGUCCUCUUCAUGAAUAUAAAUUCCCCAAAAAUGUGAACUGGGAAUAUAAAACUGACACAGAUUUAUAUGAAUUUGCCAAGUGCAAGGCUUAUCCAACCAGCAUAUGUUUUUCACCUGAUGGGAAGAAAAUAGCUACUAUUGGUUCUGAUAGAAAAGUUAGAAUUUUCAGAUUUUUAACUGGAAAACUCAUGAGAGUCUUCGAUGAAUCACUAAGUAUGUUUACUGAACUGCAGCAGAUGAGGCAACAGCUACCAGACAUGGAAUUUGGCCGACGCAUGGCUGUAGAGCGUGAAUUGGAGAAGGUGGAUGCAGUAAGAUUAAUUAAUAUAGUUUUUGAUGAAACUGGACACUUUGUGCUCUAUGGAACAAUGCUGGGCAUUAAAGUUAUAAAUGUAGAAACAAACCGGUGUGUGCGGAUCUUAGGCAAGCAAGAAAAUAUUAGAGUGAUGCAACUGGCGUUGUUCCAGGGAAUAGCCAAAAAACAUCGUGCUGCAACUACUAUAGAAAUGAAAGCUUCUGAAAACCCUGUUCUUCAGAAUAUUCAAGCUGACCCAACAAUAGUCUGUACAUCUUUCAAAAAGAAUAGAUUUUAUAUGUUUACUAAACGAGAACCAGAAGAUACAAAAGGUGCAGAUUCUGACCGAGAUGUUUUUAAUGAGAAACCUUCUAAAGAAGAAGUCAUGGCAGCUACUCAAGCUGAGGGACCUAAACGAGUGUCAGAUAGUGCCAUUAUCCACACGAGCAUGGGAGACAUUCACAUCAAACUUUUUCCUGUUGAGUGCCCUAAGACAGUGGAAAACUUCUGUGUUCACAGCAGAAAUGGUUAUUAUAAUGGACAUACAUUUCAUCGCAUAAUUAAGGGCUUCAUGAUUCAGACAGGAGAUCCAACAGGUACUGGUAUGGGAGGAGAAAGCAUAUGGGGAGGAGAAUUUGAAGAUGAAUUUCAUUCAACAUUACGACAUGACAGACCAUAUACACUCAGCAUGGCCAAUGCUGGCUCGAAUACUAAUGGAUCCCAGUUUUUCAUAACAGUAGUACCAACGCCUUGGCUUGAUAAUAAGCACACAGUGUUUGGACGAGUGACUAAAGGAAUGGAAGUUGUACAGAGGAUCUCCAACGUCAAAGUCAAUCCCAAAACAGAUAAGCCCUAUGAGGAUGUCAGCAUCAUAAAUAUUACUGUCAAGUAAAAUAAGAUUUGUCUCAUCGUCUUUGUAAAUAAAAAUACACAUAUAUUAAACAGGAUUAUUUUACAUAAGGAAGCUCUUAAGAUUUAUUUUUAUAUUUUUCAUUAAAGGCCAUUUUUUAAAAACUCUGCCUUUGAGUUUUCUUGCAGUAUUUCUCAUCCUGAGGUGAUAAACUGAAAUGGACCAAAACUCAGGCAAAUAGCACUCCUUAUACCUAAUUUCUCAUGAGACUUAAAACCAUUAUUAAACAAUGAGAAUGGUAUGCAUUUGUUCCUUAGCUUUUUAAAAAUAUGCCAGAUAGUCUGCCCUCAAAUGUUUCAUUAGAUCCAAUAAGAAAGGGUCAGGAUGUGACAGUGAUAUACCAUUUCCUUUUACAAGGUUUGUGUUACAUGCUAAAUAGUUUUGUCCUUUGAUCACUGUUAAGUAGUAAGUAGUGGU